GCGGCGGGGAACGGGGGGGGGGGGGAGGAUGGAGGGAGACUGGGCCGGGAGUCUGUGUCGGACCGGGCCCGCCGGCCUCCGCGGGGCUGAGCGGAAGCGAGGACCGCGGUGGGGACUGUGCUUUUUCUUCCGCCCCGCCCCCUGGGACCACCUCCACUCCCCCCUGCUGUCCGGUGGCGGCUGUCUGACCCGGGGCUGGUAGCUGGGCUUCCUGAGGCCGCCCUUUGAGGCCUCCGUCUCCUGACCCGCGGAGAGGCCGUCUCCCGGGAGUCACAGCAGGCCCCUCUCAGCGCCCAGCUCUACUUCUCCACAGAGAAAAAGGCCGGUUGGGAUUCCUGGAGUUUCCCGCCAGAGCAGGGUCCCCUCCAAGGGAGAGAGAGAGCUGUUUCCACCAAGAAGUUCAGCUUUCAAUCCCACCUGCUUCACCUGUCUUCUUUGAGACCUGAAUGAUACUUCUCGACUACUUCUGUGUCCCACGCAAACAAUUCUACAACUCUUUUACCCUGUGGUAUUUCCCUGAGAUGCGAUAUCGCUAGUGCCACCACCAGAGAGAAACGUCUGGACCCUCCUGCACAGGUUAUGAAAACUCCCUUAACUGCCACAGUUUUCUUCUUACCUGGCUCAUCGCCUCUUGACUGUUGUGAUCCGAGGCUCUGAAUCAACCCAAGUAGACACAAGAAGUUACCUCAAGGCAAGAUUUAAUGCAGGGCAGCACAAAAGAAGCCGGGAAGGGAGGACUGAUCCAUCAGGGCCACAGAACAGACCCAGGAACUGAACUGUGGCCCGAAUGCCGGUUGAAGGUUUUGUAUCUUUGCUAAAGUCAGUGAUGUGAAAAGACCUGAAAUGGACGAUACUGCUGACAGUAUGAAGAUGGAUGCUGGAGAAGUCACUUUAGUGAACCAUAACUCCACCUUCAAAACCCAUCUCCUGCCACAGUCCUGUUUUCCAGAGGACCAGCUCUCACUUUCUGACCAGCAGAUCCUGCCUUCCAGGCAGGGGACUUUGAACAGACCUUCCACAUGUUCUACAAGAAGUGCAACUUAUAACCCAGAUUAUUAUUCAGGAUUCUUUGUCAGCAAGAUGAGAUCUCCUCCCCUAAAAAGACAUAACCCUUCCUCAGACAGUUUCCUUGGCUCAAAUGACACAAGAACUUUUGGUCAAAGUGCAAAUGGACAGUGGAGAAAUUCCACUCCAGCAUCAGUCUCAACAUUACAAAAAUCAAGAAAUAGCCGAAGUCUUUACCUCGAAACCAGAAAGACCUCAAGUGGAUUAUCAAACACCUUUACAGGAAAGUCAAAUCAUCACUGCCAUGUGUCUGCAUACGAAAAGUCAUUUCCUAUUAAGCCUGUCCCAAGUCCAUCCUGGAGUGGUUCAUGUCGUCGAAGUCUUUUAAGCCCUAAGAAAAUUCAGAGGCGGCAUUUCAGCACAGCAGAAGAGACAGUUCAAGAAGAAGAAAAGGAGAUCUACAGGCAGCUGCUGCAGAUGGUCACAGGAAAACAGUUCUCUGUAGCCAAGCCCACCACACAUUUCCCUUUGCACCUAUCUCGGUGUCUUAGUUCCAAUAAGAACUCUUUGAAAGACUCACUGUUGAGAAAUGGAAACUCUUGUGCAUCUCAUGUUAUUGGCUCUGAUACUUCAUCCUCUGGAUCAGCCAGCAUUUUAACUGCACAGGAACAGUUGUCCCACAAUGCACGUUCCCUGUUGUCCUGUACCCCAGAUGCUGCAUUUGGAUCCAGAGACUCUGAUCCUCAACAUCAGUCUCACCAUCAUCCCUCUACGCCACAUCACCCAGAUAACUUGCCAGCAUCAAAUACACAAUCUGAAGGAUCAGACUCUGUGAUUUUACUCAAAGUGAAAGAAUCUCAAACUCCAGUUUCCAGUCCUGAUUUCUUCCAGGCAGAGCUAUGGAUCAAAGAAUUAACUAGUGUUUAUGAUUCUCGAGCCCGGGAAAGAUUGCGCCAGAUUGAAGAACAGAAAGCACUAGCACUACAGCUUCAAAACCAGAGAUUGCAGGAACAGGAACAUGCAGUACUUGAUUCCAUAGAGCUGCACCUUCGUGUACCUCUUGAGAAGGAGAUUCCUGUCACAGUUGCCCAGGAAACCGGGAAAAAAAGUCAUGAGUUAACUGAUAGUGAAGACGAAUUUCCAGAAAUUACAGAGGAAAUGGAGAAAGAAAUAAAGAAUGUAUUUCGUACUGGUAACCAAGAUGAGGUCCUCAGUGAAGCAUUCCGCUUGACCAUUACACGCAAAGAUAUUCAAACUCUAAACCAUCUAAAUUGGCUCAAUGAUGAGCUGGGAAGGAAAGGUCAUGGAGAAAAUCUCAAAUGUGAGAAGAGGGAGGAAUCAAGGAGAGUCUACAUAGCAGACUGCAAGUACACUGAGACCACAGCUAACCAGAUCAUCAAUUUCUACAUGAAUAUGCUAAUGGAACGCAGCAAAGAGAAAGGAUUUCCAAGUGUACAUGCCUUUAAUACCUUUUUCUUCACUAAGUUAAAAACAGCUGGUUAUCAGGCGGUGAAACGUUGGACAAAGAAAGUGGAUGUGUUUUCUGUUGAUAUUCUUCUGGUGCCCAUUCACUUGGGUGUGCACUGGUGUCUUGCUGUCAUAGACUUUAGAAAGAAGAGUGUCACCUACUACGAUUCUAUGGGUGGAAUAAACAAUGAAGCCUGCAGAAUCCUCUUGCAAUACCUAAAGCAAGAAAGUGUUGACAAGAAAAGGAAAGAGUUUGACACCAAUGGCUGGCAGCUCUUCAGCAAGAAAAGCCAGGAAAUUCCACAGCAGAUGAAUGGAAGUGAUUGUGGGAUGUUUGCUUGCAAAUAUGCUGACUGUAUUACCAAAGACAGACCAAUCAACUUCACACAGCAACACAUGCCAUAUUUCCGGAAGCGAAUGGUCUGGGAGAUCCUCCACCGGAAGCUCUUGUGAAGACUGUCUCAGAGCAGACAUGACAGUGAGGGGGACCAGCCCUCUGCCGUCUGCAGCCAGAGACCUUGGAACAGCUGCCCCUCGCCCUGUUGGUGUCUGUUGGUGUGCCACCCCUGACCCUGGAGCAGCCCAGGCGAGACGCACUCACAAGCACAUCUGCCUUCCCUUUUGUAUCUCAGAUACUAUUUUUGCAAAGAAACUUUGGUGCUGUGAAGGGGGUGAGGGACGUCCCUAAGCUGGAGAGAGACUGCUUUUCACCUCAGCUCUGCUGUCUUGUUUCCAAAGGGCUCCAGCCUCACUGAGUCCCUAAUUAGGAGCCCAAGGAAAACUUGGGAAGUAUCUUGGCUUCUUAUAAACUCUUGUUGCUAGGCCUUACCAAGAAGUAGGAAAGGGAAUGGACAGCAGGUAGACUAAAAACCACCAGCACGUAGACAUACACAUGAUUCCUAAGAUACAGAGUUAGGAACGGGACUAUAAACUGGACUUUGAGGCACGAGCUUAAGUCCCCUCCUCCAGAACCCUUCCUAUUUAUAUGCCCUGAUGUGAAACCCAGCUGCUUCUCCUCAAAGCUGUUUUAUCACUGGCAGAGUCAUCCCAUUCUGAGCACAGUGCACACACCCUGGCAGACCCUAAAGUCGCAAGCAGGCCUUCCCUUACAAGCAGGGGUUUGCAUGUGCUAGCGCAUGUGCCGUGGGGAGGACAUGCCCAGACGUGCUGAGUGCAGCAGCAGGGCCCCCACUUCACUGUUGCCUGCUUUAGCAUCAAGUAUCAGAGUUGGAUGAAUACAGGUCUAGGUGGUCUGUGGCUAGUUAGUCUAAAUAUGUUUCUAACCACAGAGAAUUUUAUAUACAUAUAUAUCUAUCUAUAUGUGUGUGUAUACAUUCAUACACACACACACACGUGAAAUAUAUAUUUCACAGGGAUAUGCUUUUAAAAGAAAAGAAAGACUGAAUGUGUUCACCAUUUAGUCUGUAGGUUUAUUUUCAUCUUUCAAAUUCCAGCACACAGUGAUCCCAACAACCACUACAUAUCAGGUGUUUGUAGACUUCCUAAGAAUAUUUUGAGACCUGAAUGAAUUUUGGCUUAGGAGUAAGGGUUACCAAGGUAAACUAGCAUUUUCAGCUUAAAAAAAAAAGGUGUGGGGGGGUAGAGUUUAGAUUGAUAAGCCUGAGAUUUUCAAACUGCUAUUCCUUUUGUUCUUUGUAGCAUCUCUCCCACCCUCUGAGAGCUCCUAAGGUUUAGAUGGUGAGAUGGAUGAUCCAAUGCCAGUGUCAUUUUGUACUUAGGUUCCGGACAGGAACAUUUUAUACUUUUUCUGUAUUGUAAUAGGUAGUUUUAUAUAAAAUCUCUUCUCCUCUCCCUUUGUGCCCAUCCUUUCCAGCAUUGUGCUUUCUCCUCGGGCUUAUUGGAAAAUUUUACUCUGUUUUAUACCAAGCUUGUUUAGUACAUUUUUCUAUGUUUUACCACAGGUUACGAUUUGAAAACAACAACUAUUUUUUUUUAAUAUUCCAUUGUUAAACUGAAUGUUACCGUCUCCACUCCAACAACCAGUGUCCUUCCUCUUCCUUUGUUCCCUGCAUGUUGGAGGAAGAGACCCCUUUGUACAUUUGUGUUUCCUUCUUGCUACUCUUCUCCUCCAUCUUCCCUCCCUGUCCUUUUCUUUUGAUUUUCUAUAGGAAAUAAAUAGCUUUCUGUAUAUGAGUUACUGGGACCUUUCACACUCUCCUUUAGAAAACUGUGGCAUGCAGACUCACUGUCACUCCUAGAUAUUGUCUGAUUCUUGACACUUACUGUGUGUAAGUGACAGCUUACUUGGUGGCACUUUGGACUUUAAAUAUAAACACAAACUUUUCAGACUUUUCCCACUAUUAUCUGGGGCUCAACAAAAAUAGCCUUCUGUGUUUAUUGUUUGUUUCUUUAGACAAUAUCUGUUUUAUCUUCCUCAGAGACUUUUUGUAUGGACCAAAGCAACAAAUAUUUAUUGCCAUGUAUUUCAGAAUAUGAGACAUGCAACAAAAGCACUUUGCAUAUAUAAGGAAUUCUUGAGCCUGUCUGAAGUCGGCUCCCUUUCUCCAAUGCAGUUUAAAUAUGUAUGUACCAGGUAAAAGCUAGUGAUCGCAAGGCCACUGUCCAUCCCAAGACUAAUAAGAGUGGACAGAUGUGACAGAGUGGCUAAAUGGGAAUCAUGUACAGACUUGUAUAGUAAGCCAUUCUUAGAGAGCCAGCCAGCAAGAGCAGAGCAAGUACCUGGAAACUUCCAAAGUUCCUCAAGAGUGAACUUUGAUGACAAAGACUGAAGAUGUUUCUGUAUUCUGUGGCCAAGGGUAUGCUACCAGUAUCUGUUUAACCUGCUUUAAACUAAAUGUGCCUGUUUUCCUUCUUUGGUCUCAUUUCCCCGGGUUCAAUGCUCAUAACCAUCUCCCCUCCCCUACAAAAGGAAUAUUUGAAGGAUGCUAAGUAUUACAUGGCAGUUUCAGACUCUUAAAAAAAAAAAAAAAAAAAAAAAACACAGUCCCAACUGUCAUCCCUGGACUGCAUAUGCAGAAAAUAAGACCUGUUUCUGCCCUUUUGAGAAUAUGUGGUAUGGUGUAUAGAGACAGUUACAUCCAGUUGAUCACUUGAGACCCACUCUGACUCCCAGGAGUCCUGUGUAGUGUUCUGUGUGUUUCUCUAUCAUACAGCCUAGAGACUUGCCGUCAGUUCACUCUUCUAAAUAGGAGGUAUACUUCCUUGUGCUACCGGGUUCUUUUCUCUAGCCAGUGUAAUCAUACUAGCAUCUUCUGCUCACUGUCCUCAGCACUGGUAGCUUUAGUGUUUUAGUGGUUUAAGGGUAGAACAGAUAGCCUGGCAAAACAUUUCCACCCACCCCAUCCCAAAGUCUGCCCGUCAUUGCAACCUGGUUUUACAUGGCCCUGGUUUUACAAUCACUAGUGGGUCUAGAAGGAGAGGAUUCGUUCAAGAGCUCCACUGUUUUCAAAAUUCUUAACCUCUGAUCUUUCUCUGCCAUCCUCCAAGCUCUGAAAAAUGUCAGAGUAAAAUGUAUCUAGCACUUGGUUGUUUUGUUUUUCCUUGCUCUGCCUGCAUGGCCGAUGCUAGGCAGAGUAAGAUGCUUUCAAGUUGAAGCUGAAGAUGAGUGUGAGCACCGGCUUGGUUGUAGCAUUAACAUCUACAUCAGAACCUUGCUAAAUAUAACAUAACUAGAUGCAGGCUUUUCUUCCUUCUAAGCUGAGGAGUAGCUGUCAGUUAUUUUUGACUUUUAGAGAUUAUCUUAUCCUUGACAGAACCUAACUGCUAGGAAAGAUGAGUGGGAGAGUGGUACCCAGGAGCCCAGACUCUCUUCUGCUCAGACACCCUCAUUCAUUUUAGUCCUUUCUUAAGCACCGACUAAGUGCAUACAUCCAAGUAUGAUCUUAACACCCUCUCUGGUCACAUUAUCUUUAAAUCUCUUGUCUGGACUUCUGUAGCCCUAAUGAGGGAAUGGGAAUGGGAUAACUUCCCUGUUUGCCUUCAGAUGUCGACCAAAGCAUGGAGCUGUGAAGGCCAAGGGAAUGGGUGGAUGUUGUUUUUCCGCAUCAAGAGUGCAAGCCUCUGUGUUCUGAUCCGCUGAGGAUUCGACAGGGCUCGAUCUCUGAACCAUUUAGAAUAAUAGUGCUAUAAGGGUUCGAGGAAGGAUUGAUUAUUCCUCAUCACUUCCAAAUGCUGGAGUCCCAGAGGAUUCUUUUAGAUCUCAAACAGUGCUCCACUUGGCCUCUAGCAGCAGCACCUUCCUCCUCAUCAAUUCAGCCUGCUGCCAUUUGGAGUUCUCAAGCUCUAUCCCAAGAGGCUUAUCAGGAUCUUUUUUUUAACCCUUUGAGUAGGUUUCUCCUCCAUCCUUUUAUUGACAGUGGUAUCCCUUGUGCACUCAGUUGGUGAGUAGUCCUCCCCUCCCUCCUUCCCUCCCUCCCUCCCUCUCUCUCUCUCUCAUUGAGGUAUUUCCUAAAUGUGAGGCCAAGCACUGGACUUAGGAGCCCUGAAAUGGGGAGGAAAGAUGGUUUGACCAAGAAAAUAAAAGCGACUUGUCCUCAGGGCCUUACAGUCUAUACAUUUAUAGUUUGCUUGACAGGGGAGGCUAAGCAAACAGAUACCUUGUCUUUAGCCUGUAGUUGAGAAAGAAGCUGAAGUGGAGGCAAGGGCAGGGGUGGGGAUAUGUCAGGGUAUUGCCUUUUUCUGUAUGUGUCACUCCCUAGUUUGGGGGUUUGUUUUUUUUGUUUUGUUUUUUUUAAUCGAUUUAUUUAAAAUAAAUUCCAUGGAUUUUGCUUCUGUGCUUUGA